GUUCCUCAAGACUAUUGCCAUUAGAAUUUGCAGAGACACACAAACGCACAAAGAAAUCAAACUUCGACAGAUCCGAAUCCGUAAGCUUCCCGUAGCAGAUCGGAGUAUUAAGAUAAUGGAAUGUGUUUUCGGUCUCGUCGGCGACGGUUUCGCUAUUCUGGCGGCCGACACAUCGGCGGUUCACAGCAUCUUGGUGCACAAAUCGAACGAGGACAAAAUCAUGAUCCUCGACUCGCACAAGCUCGUCGCCGCUAGCGGCGAGCCCGGUGACAGGGUGCAAUUCACGGAGUUCAUACAAAAGAACGUGGCUUUGUAUCAGUUCCGUAAUGGUAUUCCUCUGACGACCACUGCUGCCGCGAAUUUUACCCGGGGAGAAUUGGCUUCUGCUUUGAGGAAGAACCCAUACUCUGUGAACAUUCUGCUGGCUGGCUAUGACAAAGAGACAGGCCCUUCACUGUACUAUAUUGACUACAUUGCUACCAUGCACAAGGUAGAUAAGGGAGCAUUUGGUUAUGGCUCCUACUUUUCCCUCUCCAUGAUGGACAGACACUACCACAGUGGGAUGACAGUUGAAGAGGCCAUCGACUUAGUUGACAAGUGCAUAGUGGAGAUUAGAUCCAGGUUGGUGGUUGCACCACCAAACUUUGUAAUCAAAAUUGUUGACAAAGAUGGAGCAAGGGAAUAUGCUUGGCGUGAAUCCGUCAUGGAUGUCCAGGUUGCCUCAGCCUGAGGUUCUCAACACUUGGUUUUCCAAACUCGGUCAAUUUGCUUAGAAUCAUCUUGUUUGCUUUUUAUGGAAAAACAAAGGGGAACCCUACAAGACUUGCAUUGUUUAGUUUGAUGUGUGUAAACUGAUUUGGGGAUGGCUGGAACGGUGUGCUAUAGAAGUUUUAUUAUUAUUAGUUUUUUGGAUUAGCAAAAAGAAACAAACCUCAAUCUGGCUU